GUUUGUGGCACGGCGUCGACAUGAGCACUUCCUGGGGGUCCCCGCACUGCUUCUGGCUGGUGGCGCUGGCCGCCGUGCUGCUGCAGACCCUCGCCCUGGUGGUCAGCGUGGUGUUCUUCAACAGAGUCCUGCACACGAUGCAGGACGGUUUUUCAGAGGGGAGUAUGUCAUGUUUGACCGACGUCGAUCUCAAUUUUCCGCCCGACCAGAAGAGUGACCCCUGCUGGCAAGUCCUGCAACAACUUGGCUACCACAUCGAGAAGGCGAUGGCAGCGAGAUUAGAGAAGGAAAUAUCUUCCGGCGUGACAAAUAAGCUGACAGGAAUCCUUCCUUUCCUUCCCGACGGCCACGUAGUCCACCCCGACGUGGCGGCCCACGUGACCGCCACCUCUGCCGCUACGUCCUCAAAGACGCAAGAAGAGGUCACGGGGAGUGGCAGAGGCUACCUCGGCGAGCGCGUGAUGGCGUGGGAAGGUCGCAGAGGUCAGUCCUUCUUGCACAACGUGGAGUUGAGAGGAGGAGAGUUGCUGGUGCCUCGGGCCGGUCUCUAUUAUAUCUACGCGCAGACCUACUUCAGACUCUCCUCCGACUGGAACAAGGACCAGGAGGAGGAGCAAAUUCAUGACCGGGAUCAGGAGCAGGACGGAGCCCAGCUCGUCCAGUAUAUUUAUAAAAAGAUGAGCUCCUACACGGCCCCCAUCUUGCUCAUGAAGUCUUCUCGGAGCGCCUGCUGGCCGCGAGGCCGAGAGCCAGGAAUGUUCUCUCUCAAUCAGGCGGGCACUGCCUUCCUGCAACCCGACGAUCGCCUCUUCGUGGCAGUCGGUAACGCCAGUGCUCUGGAGGCCGACGGCAGGGCCAGCUACUUCGGGGCCUUCCUGGUGGGCUAGGCUCACGCUCAAGACCCGAGAACGAAACGUCAUUUUACCUAGUCAAAAAAUGCCUUCCUAAAGUGCACACAGAAUAUGCGGUUAGGGCUCCCCCGCAGGUAAGUGUGAGGAAGUGCUGUUUUGUGAAUAAACAAAAUCAAUGUUUGCACGCGUUACAAACGAUCUAGACCAGUGGUCCCCAACCACCGGGCCGCGGACCGGUACCAGUCCGUGGCGCAUUUGCUACCAAGCCACAGAGAAAUAAGUAAAUUAUUGUCAACUGCUAUCUGCCCUGUGGCUCUUGAGACAUCAAUAUCCCUGUCUACUCUAUAGACUAAUCCAAGAAAAGAUUCGCCAUCUAGUGGUUGGCCCCAAUUACUAGGGUGUUUGCACACCUAUAGCAGCCCAGCACCAGUCAAUAUAAACAGUAACUUUAGCUGCUGGUGGCUGUGUGCUGCGGUCGGCGACGUCUUUGGACAGCUUUUUUCCGGGGAAAAGGCCACCUGCUGAGCCAGAAGAGGAGCCUACAACUAAGUCCACUGUGCAUAAUAUGUGGCUAAAAGCUAGCAAGCGAUGCAACAAAAGUGAAUGCACUGAGAGCAUCAUACCUCAUGGCGAACUGUAUUGCUAAAGCCAAGAAACCUUUCCAAUUGGAGAAGAACUCUUUAUGCCUUCGACCACGGAUAUUUGCCGAAUAGUUUUAGGAGAGGCCGUUGUUAACUCACUCCCAGCCAUUCUCACCAGUGCAAGGCCCUUCGCUCCCGGCCGUUUUACUGGAUUUUGACUGAUUUUGCAAGGCCCACAGAAAAUUCUGUUCUGAGAAAUUGAGCUUUUUGUGAAAGCAUACAUUUCAAACAUAACUUUGACUUUAACACAGCUAUUUUUCACUUUUGUGACAUCCCAAACAUCUGAAUGAUGUUUUCGUUCUACAAAAUAACAAACAAGACAAAUAGAGCUUUUGUUCGCAAAGUAACAAUUUAUUUACACAUAACUAUUGAACUGUUGAACUAUUUUCGCACAUAACAACGGGGAAGGCUCUUGGCUGCUCCCGGUUGAAUGAGGUGGCUCCCAGUAAUCUGAUGAGUCCGGAUCAAGAUCGGUCUCACUUUUUUCAUCAUCUUCAUCGUUGGUUUCAAACUCGGGUUAAGGAGUAACGCAACGUGAGCUCCGAAGAACGCGUGUGGAAUCUGACGCUGUUGUGGACGUUACCGUCUGUCUCAUCAAGAUAGAUUUUUUAAAAAUCCUUCUUUGAUGAUGGUUUCGUUUUCUUUUCAAAACACUCCUCCAGUGUCAUUUGCCUUUUUCCCCCCGAUCAUUCUCGACAUUUUUCUCAAAUUCUCACACGUCUUCACAAGAUCCCUCCAACUUUCUUUACUUCCUUUCUUGGCCCGAGAUGAGUUCUUACAAAAUGCGCUACCGCCCUCCAGUGGCCAGUAAUAUUGCUUUAAAAUGAAUUUUGAGCCUUGUGCAUUGCAAUUUAGGUGCAACAGAACCUAGAGAUGCCCUUUUGUAAAAAAAAAAAAAAAAAAAAUGUAAAACACAUAUAAAUACGUUUUUGGGACACUGAAACAAUUCAAAAUAGAACGUAUUUAUACUUUUUGGGGAGCAAAUGAGUAAAAAAAAAUAAUAAAAGGUUAAUUCAGCGUAAGUGUGACAUUUUCCCUGCACUUAAACCUCGACGUGUUAUUUUAUAUUUAUUGCCGGUCCGUAAAAACUGGAAGAAAAAAAAAAAAAAAAAAAGCGCCCCCAUUAAACCGGUCCCUGGUGCAAAAAAGGUUGGAGACCACUGAUCUAGACUACCUACCACAAGCAAAGGAAUUGUCUCCAGCCACUACACAACAACUGGACUUCCCCGUUUGUGAAUUUUUGCUGACAUUUUUAGUGUACAUUUUGCCAUUUUCCUCUAAUCGCGAGAUCCAAAACAUUAAGGGGAUUUUACCAAUUGAAUUGCAGGUUGAAAUUGUACUCUGCCCGGUUGUUUCGCCAUUAGCAAUAGUAUAGGGAACCUAAUUCUAUUUAUAUAUCACAUAAUGACCACUGGCAAUCAUUGUGUACAAUGAACUUUGGCUUUCAAACAAAAGGCACCAUGACAGAAGUGUGCAAGCAGCAUGCUAAAUAUUACAAGUAUUGCUGUCCGAAAAUGACUUUUUAACCAAUACCCCGAUAUUGUCCAACUUUAAAAAUCAGAUAUAAAGCCGAUACAGAUAUAUGUGGUCGUGGACUUACCAUUAUGGCUAAUUGUAUCGUGAUGCCCCACUGGAUGCUUUAAUAAUGAUAAGUGUAGCAACGUCAAAUUUUCCAAAUCAACACUUCAACUGAAGUUAUGCAAAAAGUGCCUAUAUUGCAUCACUAUAUCUUUGAAGGCAACAUGCAUAUUGCCCAAAACCGAUAAGGAAAAACCGAUGUCGAUAUUAUCCGAUAUCAUUUAAAAAUGUUUUUAAAAAAUGCUUUUAAUUAGACGCUAAUAUUGAAGCUACGCACUUAUAGCAUUCCACUGCUGUUGACAGAGAUAGACAUUGAAUGAUCGUGUUACUCUGCUAUUGACAGUGACUGGCGUCCAACUCAUUUUGACUGAGAGGACUGGCAGCAAUCAUUACUAAGUUAUUUUUAAAAAUUACACAUGGUUUCCUCCAGUGCCUUAAGCCUUGCGGGCCACCAGGCUAAAACAGUACAGUGGUACCUCGACAUACGAUCGCUUCAACACACGACAUCCGACGUAAAAUUUGACUCGCCAUUUGUUUCUACAUUCGACGACAUGCUCAAAAUACGACGACAUGACAGCACCGCAGAUGGACGCAGGGCGGAUUUUCUUGCGAGAAAUCAACACAGGUUCCAAGAAGGUUAGUGCAGGUGGUGACACAAGGAAAAAGGUGACGCUUACCAUUGAAAUGAAGAUGGAAAUGAUAGAAAAAUAUGAGCGUGGGGUGCGCCUCCGUGAACUGGUUCAACAAUACGGCCGUAGAAUGUCAACGAUCUCCACAGUCGACAGGUUUUCAUCAUUUAUUUCAGAACUUGUACAACACAACACGCCUACUGUCCGCCACAGUUCACGGUGUCCUAAUGAAAAAAUUUAAAGAGAAAGUAAAAUCCCAACCGCGCCUCUCCCUCUCUGUCACGUCAGCGACGUGGUGCGUUCAGGUACAGCACGCAACGCAUGUCCGCCACAUUAGAACCUGAUUCGUUACAUUAUUACAGGAAUUAUUAUUAUACCGUUUUUAUUAAUAAUGUAUUUAUUUUGCAAUGUAUACGUAAUUGCCAUUUGUAAUAGUACCAGCCAUAGACUUCAUAAUGAUAUUGGCGCGGGUCACAUAAGUCAUACACUGCGCCUCGCCUUCAAGUAGGGGGCCAGCCCACAUCAAGAGGAGUUAUUCUCAAACAUGCAUGAAGCAAUCUAACGCUGGAUUUAGGUUGAAAAAGUACGAAAGCUGUACCGCAUACAAUCAGGAAGGAUUGUCUCAGGAGUGAUUUGUUAUUGGUAAUUGUUAUAUUUUUCGUACCAUGCAUGCAUUUUGAAACGUAAAUAAACCAAUGGAAGAAAUUACCCGCUACACCAUUGGUGUCAUAGUUCGCAAUAUUUCCGUAAAAUAACUACCAACUGCCCGUUUUGCUUUUAACCAAGAAUCGAAACUGUUUUACGUCCACAUCUAUAAAGAAUUCUUGGGAUUUAAGCAUUUAUUCACAAGAAUGUUCAAAGCAAAAAGCUCUUUGUUGUACCAAAGGGGACGCCACAUUGGCAAACAGACUAGCAUCAGAUUCGACAUAUUUACGUAAAAUAAAUGCUAACUGCACGUUUUUUUUUUUUGCUUUAAACCAAGAAUCGAGACUGUUUUACGUCCAUAUCGAUAAAGAAUUCAGGGAUUUAAGCAUUUAUUCACAAGCGUUUCAACUUAAAAAGAUCUUUGUGGUGACAAGGUGGCACCACAAUGACUUAAAGACUAGCAGCACAUUUGACGUAUUUACAUGAAAUAAAUGCUAACUGCCUGUUUUAUUUUUGGGUUUUUUUGCAUUUAACCAAAGAUCGAAACUGUUUUACUUCCAUAUCUAUAUAGAAUUCAGGGAUUUAAGCAUUUAUUCACAGGAAUUUUAAACGUAAAAAGCUCUGUCUGUAUUUAAACUCGGUCAGCUUUGACGGAGACAGGCCCCCUGUUAAUCGGCCCCGCCAAUAUCAUUAUGAAGUGUAUGUACCAGCAGUAGGAGUGGGAACCUCUUGGUACCUCACGAUACAAUACGAUUUGCGAUAUAAAGCUCACGAUAACGAUGAUCUGACGAUAUUGCAAUACAAAGAUUAUCGAUACAUUGGCCAGGAAAUCAUUCUAGGAUAUUCUACAAACUAAUUAACAGAAAAACAAGCUUCUAGUGUGAAUUGGAAUAAGUAUCACUAGUAGACGUCCAAUCCAGUUGAACUGUGAGGUCGUUCAUUCGCUGCCACCCCUCCCACUUCAAACGGAUUGAACGUCUAUGGCUGUCAGUGGCAGCCAAUGCCAGGCAAUGAGGUCAUUUUGGACCAUUUAAGGUCAUUUACCGGUUGAUGCUAAGUUACUUCCUGUUGAUUUUGGGGUAUUUUAUGGUUCACUUCCUGUUCAUUUUGAGUUACAGAACAGGAAGUGACCUGGGAAUCACCCAAAUGAAUAGGUAGUGACUCAAACUCAACAGGAAAUGACCUGUAAAUGCCCUAAAAUGAACUGCAGGUGACCUGUAAAUGCCCUGAAAAUCGGACAGAAUGACUGAACGCUCUGGUUUCGAAUGAAUGAACGUUCCCAGUCUAAAUGGAUCGGGCGUCGUGCACCGUCAAUGCACCCUUAGAGUUAACAGACACUAUUAUGGUGGAAGAUUUUGGUAGCAACUUCUUGGUUCCUUUUUAUUUUAUUUUUUCAACUUUGACACCUUUUUAAAACGAUAUGUUAAUUCUUGGCAGGAGCAUAUCGAUAACCUUUUGGGAUACAAAGUAUCAUGAUAUAUCACCAUUUCGAUAUUUUGUCACACCCCUAACCAGCAGUAUUUAUUAAGGAUACAAUGUAGGUUUUCUGGCUGUGGAAUCUGGAAUUAUUAUGUAUUCUUAUGGGGAAAAUUCUGCUCGACAAACGACCAUUUUGACUUACAAACACAGCCCAGAAACUACCUUAAUUCAUUUUGUAUGUAGAGGUACCACUGUACUACAAAAGAAAGUAUAAAAAGCACACAUUUAAACCGUGUCUGAUGAUGCAAUUGAAAGCGUGAUGUUGACACGUUACGGUCGAUAUGUGCACAACCUGUUACGGCUCUUUGUCAUUGCACUGAAUUGCAUUGUUUUUGUUUGUGAAAAUUAUUUCAAGACUGCCUUUUUGUAAGACUUUACGUUUCAGUAUUGUUAAUAAAUGGCUUAUAAUAACAGUUAAUUGUCAUAAUUUAUAUUUUUUUUACAUACCUUCUGUAUUUUCUAUACUACCAUACCUUGCAAAUUUUCUGCUGGAGAGCCUGUAACAAAGGAUGUGGUUGAUGUGUUUCCUUAGUUUGAGUGUUGUAUGUCAAUGGUAACAUGCAGAGUCACGUAACCGUGCGGUCCAUGUAAAGACUUCAAUUUUUGAAGGACUUUUACUUUGUCGUCAGUCAU